GUUUCUUUGCCAGUACCUACAGGGGCAGGACAAGCAGAGUCCCGCCCCCUCUGUGAGUAUCCUAUUCCCCUCCCUGCAGGCUGAGCUCAGUGUAACACAAGCUUUGCAGAUCACACAGACACAGGCAGCUAACUCACCCUAUUGGAAUACUUUGUAUCUGGACUUUGUGCUGGGAUUUUCUGGACAUUCUAGAGAGCCAGUCUGACUGGCAGAACCUCUCUCUGAGAGUUGGACCUGGUUUCUGGAUAGGACACGAUCACCCCAGGUAAGGUUAGCCUUAAACUACCGCCUUGUGUGUGCUUUAAUGGCACUCGUUAUACCGAGCAGGAUGGGUCCUUCAAAUGAUUUACAGAUUGAUUUACUUUGUAUUGUAUCUAGGGUUUUACUGAGCGCUAAAAUUCACAGCUUUAGAGCUUUUGUUUUUUUUUGUUAUGGGGAUUUAUUAUUAAAAAAAAAAAAAUAUAUAUAUAUAUAUAUAUAUAUAUAUAUAUAUAGUGUUUUUAUAUUUUAAUAUACAUUCCGUACCAAAAAAACAAACGCUCUAAAGCUGUGCCAUUCUGACCUUCUAUUAUUAUUUUUAAUUUUUUUAAAGCACACUCUGUAUUACCCCCUCCAGUUUGGGCUGUAUGGUUGUAUCAUAUUUUGUUAGGUAAAUAAGACUCAUGUAAUUCUAUCUCACAGCGCUGGGGCAUAUGUUGGCGCUAUGUAGAUAAUUGAAAUUGUGGUGAAUGCCUGCCUGCCCAGAAGCUCCCUACUCCCACCCCCACCCCCUACCUAGUCCUCCUUUCUUAAUAUCCAUACUCCCACCAGGUGAGAAGACCUGUGAGUAGAUAAAGUCCCAUUCCCACUGAUUCCUUUGACCGCUUGUUGGCUCAGUUUGUGUGAUGAUCCUCCUGUAAAAAUACUGGCUUCCUAGAUUUAUUUAUUUAAUUUUUUUAUUUUAUUUUUGUAUCAAAUAUAGACAAUCUAAAUGACUCUUAAUUUCCACUACACUCUAUAUUUUAUUUUUUUUAAUCCGGUGAGUUGGCUGGAGAUUUGUUUUUGAUACCAGAUUACUGGGAUUUUACUUUCUAUAAAGUAGAACUGUGGAUGAUUUUAAAACACUUUUUUUGACCUGUAGAUUAUUUUUAAUACAUACUAUUUCUUGAGACUAUAAUUUAACGUGAAUCUAAAUCUUCUGACUCUUUAAGUGCUAAAGUAAAGGUUGUAUUUUGGGUUUAUUCCACCGUGCUGUACAAUGGAUCUAGCUUUGGCAAUAUAGAAAGGGUUAAUCCUAUGUUUUUAAUUUGAAUAGUGCUAUGGAAAAUGGCUGGCUAUUUUAUGUAUGUUAUAAACUCCCAGUUAAACGUGAUCUCGUUCUGUACACCUUGUUAUACCUGUUUGAACAAUUCCUCACACCCACAUAUUAAUCAUUAUUUUAUUUGGUUUUAUUUUGACCUUGCUGGGUGAGUCACUCUGCAUGGUCAGAGAUUACAUGAUUUGUCUACUUGCUGAUUACAUUUCAGGUUCUUGGUAUUAUAUUAAUGGCUAAGCGUUUGUUAACUCUGUUUAGGAUUUUUAACUUUUUGUGUCUCUGCAAAGGUUAAUAAAAAGCUUAUAAAAUGUAGGUUACAUGUGUCUGGUGGUUUCUCAGUGAUGAAUAUUAUUGGCAAACAUCCACUUUUUUUUAAAGGAACAGUAUAGCAUCAUAGUAAUAGCUAAUCUAUAGCUUUUGAGCAACACUUCCCCCCCUAUCCCCCCCCCACCCCCCCUUGCUAUUUUGCAAGUCACCAGACAGACUAAUUUCAGGGUUUGUGGAGGUCUGAGCACCAUGUGAAGAUCAAUGCUCCAAUAUAUGUUGGAAUCCUGUUCAGUUGUGACUUGAAAGGCUGCUCUUGAAACAUGAGUGUUGGCUCAGGGUGGUUCAAUUCAAUGAGAAACUGGAGCAUUUUGGGAAAACAUUAUAGGAAUGUCAGGAUGACCACAUUUUAUUAUUUGUACAGACCCAGUUCUUUUAAGUCCGUGUUGUCCACAUGUGGACCUCUAGCUGAAGAAACAAGGCUUCUUGCAUUAGGAAGUAAGACUUGGGCAAUAUGCUCUUUAAAGUAUUUUGUGCAUUCACCCCCAAUAUAAUUCUUUAAAGAUGUGUUUCAACUUGAAAUGGCCUGUCAAGGCUAAACUGAACAUCUUUGCUGUUGCAAUAGGUCUUUAACCCUACAAACCGUCUAAUACAUGUUCACAUGAACUCUCUCUAUAUUACUGAUGGUAUGUGCCUAAAACGAUGUCAAUCAAUCUUGUUAAAUUGUCCCAUUGUUGAAACAGGUCUUAAAUUUGGCAAGUUGUUGACAAUGUUCUAGCUAGUCCCCUUUCACAUUACAGGUUAUCAAUUGGCUUUAUAUGAUGUACCAAGGCUUCUUCUAAUAUAUUUUAUAAAGCGUCAACAUAUACCACAGCGCUGAAAAUAAAGUAUGGUAUAAAGCCUAAACCUUGUUAGUGUGAUCCUUGAAAAUCGUGAUGCCCAGAUAAUCACAAACUUCAAUUUACUAUAUAUUUUUUUUUUUUUCUACCAGUAAUCUAGUAUUUUUAAGCCAAUUAUGGGCAGUCACGAGGCCUUCAUAGUGUAAUUCCACUCCUUCUGUGCUAGGGCCAUAAGUUUAUUGCUCUUGGUUAAAUGACGUAAACCUGUUUGGUAAACAGUCCAUUACUGACCAUAAAUUUCCACUGAAUGGGAGGUGUGCCACCUUGGUCACGUGGACAUGCAAUGUCCUGAUAUGAAUAAGCUCUCUGGCCUAAAUAAACAAAGGUGUGAUCUUGAUCCCUGGACUGUCUGCAAACCUCUUAUCUCCAUACCGCUCAGGUUACCAAACUGGGCUUAACAUAUAAUCAAUCCUGCUUGAUGGCAUACUAAUGUAUCUCAAUUAUUCUGCCAGUAACUUAAAACCCAUUAUGACUGAAUAAGAAGAAAUCUGCUCGUCGAGCAUGCCAACUCCUAUCUACCAAACAAUUUAAUGGUUUAUUUUUUUUCCUUCAUGAUGGCCUAAGUCAGGCUUCCCCAAACUCCAGCACUCCAGAUGUUGCUGAACUAAAACUCCCAUGAUUAUAUCAAUGAAAUAGGCUGAGAAUCAUGGAAGUUGUAGUUCAGCAACAUCUGGAGGGCCAGAGUUUGGGGAAGCCUGGCCUAAAUCCUGCCCGAUGCAUUGUAUCUUAAUUAACCCUUCAUUUACAAAGUGCUGAACGAUGGGCCACAGGCAGCGUCUUAACGGAUAAAUGUGCUAGAGGGACCUGCUGGAGCAACUGUGUAGACUAGAAUUGAACAGGGAGAAAAGUUGGUCCAGCUGUUGAACAGUAGAUAAUUUGGACAAUUACUUUCAAAAUGGAAUAAAAUAUCAUAUUAAGGAUUUGUCUCCAUCCACCACCUUCCCCGCACUGGUUUUAACACUGAUCACUUCCAUGACUUGGCUACUUAAAGGCAAUAUAGUGUAAGCUCAGUUGGUUAGUAUGUGGUCAAGUCUUGGGUGGGUGUGUGCGGUGAGGGCUGUGGUGUGGGUUUUUUUUUUUUUUUUGGUCCCCUUACUCAAAGUAUAGAAAGUAAUUGCUACAGUCAAUUAAGUUUAAUUACUCUGCCCCACCAAUCUAUUCCGGUAAUAUUUUUAUAUAUUUAUAUAAUUUUGAGGCAGUUUUGGUAAAAUUUGUAAAUGACCUUAAACCUGACAUUUCCUGCUCUUUCUAGUAUAGAGCUCGGAGAAGCUUCUUGUGGGAAGUGUCAGACACCAGUGAAGAUGUGUGUAUUUUAUGACUUGAAUGACAGACUGUCCCGACCUUCUGGCAAUCUGCUUUUCACAAACUGAGUGGAAUGAGUCAUGUCUAUUAAUGUUGUCGAGAAAUUGUUCACAUACCCUUUUUUUAGUGUUUGUGGCUUUCGCGUUUUCUUGCUCUCGUCGUCUAACAAUGGAUUUGUUUUCGGAAAUGCACAUGAAUUGAAUACAUCCUAUCCCUUAAGGCUGAAAACACCAGCAUGAUGAAUACAUUGUAAGCUACAUUUGUCAAAAGAUUUAAAUUUUUAUUUCUCCGCCCCUCCCAGGAACAAUGACUGAGUUUGGGAUCAGGAACAUGGACCAAGUUGCUCCAGUUUACAACAUGCACAGAGGCAUGCUCAAGGUACGUCGUCCAUCUAAAAAUUCCUUCCUUUGUUAAUCUAGAUAUUGUACUUGCUGUCUUUGUAAUGUCAGGUGGUAAACUGGUGUUUUAUCUGAAAUGUAAAAAUGGCUCAUGACAUUGGGCUAUCUGCUCCAGAAUUUAGUUCUAGAUUUCUGACCUAUUAAUAUGGUUUAUUAAGACCUUCUAGAACACACCAGUGAAUUAAACAGUUUAUCAUACCGACAAAGCACUGGAUAUGUGAAGUCUUAUGAAACCAUAUACAGUACAUGCUAUCUUGUAUCUGCAUUUGUUACAUAACUAAAACAGACUUAUUCAAUGAUUGUCUCUUAAUCAGUGAUCAGAUCAGACGUAAUGAGUUCUUGCUCAAUUUGACCUGUUAAAAUUUUAGCCCAGUUAAGUCCACGUAAGGACAUCAGCGCUGUAAAUAAGAGGGGGACUUCAUGCGGGGACACGGUUUUUAAAGAACAGAUUGUGAUUUAUAGCAAGUAAUACCUUGGUUAUUUUAGUUUUGGGGUUUUUUUUUUUUUGUUUUUGUUUUUUUGUAAAGAGGUUAAAUCUAAGUUUCUGUGAAACUUAUGUGAAUCUCAAACAUAUGGUCUACUAAACCGGUUUUGCUGAUCCAAGAUGGGGGAGGAAUGUGUUUGUAUUUUAGUUUUUGCUACUCGUUGAGCCAGGUGGUGGGGGAAGCUAAUUAACCACUCCAAACAAACUGUGGAGUCUGGGGAAACUAUGCUGUACAAAGUCAUUAAAGAGACAGUUAAACCUGUUUACUUCAUAGAAGCCAUGGGCAACUGAACUCUGGGUCGGCUUGCAUUCCUAAACUGUAGCCAAUAUAUUUGUCCAUAACCCAACAAUUUGGUAUCCGUGUAUUAAAAUGUUUUUAAUUCCCUCCAAUCAACAUUUUAUUUUUAGCUCCUAUGUAUAUUUUAGUCAAAUGAUGCUUUAUUCACCUGAGCAAAAAAAAAACACAAAUCCCACACAUAGUGAUAUAUGCAACAGGAAUGUAUAAUAUAAUUCUUUAGUAUUGUAAAACUAAUCCACUCAGACGUUUAUAUAAAACGAUGGCUAGUUGGCAAGAAUGUUCAAGUCUUUAUUAGUGAACUAUCAAUUUUAAAGUGUCUCUUGUAAAAUGACAGAUUGGUUUAACCUGCUUACAGAGAUUAAAUUGACAGCAGCGUGUGUUCAUCAAAUAGUUAGGGUCAAAGGAUAACUGAUACUGUGUGUGUGUAGUAAAAAAAAUAAAAAUAAAUUCUUGUCCUGAUCCAUUAAAAUCUGCUUCUUUGUGACAGUAAAUGGUUGAAUUACAAAAUUGUUAAUUUAACUUUUUUUUUUCCCUCCCCUUAGCGGCAGUUGGCGUUUGACAAUGUAAAUAUUUCUGCCUCGAUCUUCACUGGAUUAUUUUCCACAUUUGAAGAAGAGCAGGCUGUUCCAACUGGUCUUGACUCUCUGCCCCAUGGUAAGUCUUCAUUUUGGAGUCACUGGUUCGUUGAAAGCCCAGCAUGUAGCUUUUUGAGAUCUAGGUCUCUAAACCUUGAAAACAGACACUGAUGUGCUGUGUGAGACUGUACAUGAGACUUACCAUAUAUUCAUUCCAACUUAUGUGGGUUAUUUAAAUUUUUUUUUUUUUUUCAGAUUCAAACAGCUGUGAGCUGCCACUUCUGACACCUUGUAGCAAGGCCGUAAUGACCCAGGCUUUAAAAGCUACCUUCAAUGGAUUUAAAAAGGAACAGGGAAGACUAGGAAUCCCAAGCAGUAAGUAUUCUCUUUAAAUGCCAUUAUAUAAAACUUACAGUACACUUUUUUUUUUUUUUUUUUUUUUUUCUGUUAAAUGCUGUCUGUGAUUAGGGCUUUAACCAGUUAAGGACACAUGUGUGACAUGUCAUGAUUCCCUUUUAUUCCAGAAGUUUUGGUCCUUAAGGGGUUAAAGGAUUACUGUGUCAUGUAUAAUUUUUUUUAUUUUUUUUUGGGGGGGGCGGUUUGUGUUGGAGGAGGGGUGUAGUGGGAGGAUGGGUUGAAUGAAGUACAUGGGGGUCCAUUGCCUGUUUGUCAGCAUGGUGUUUUCAUGGUGAAACAUUGCAGUACGGACUCCAGGGUCCUGGGCCAUGAAGGUGCUUAUUUUUGUUUAUAGACCCCCUGCAGCUGGGAAGGUAAAGCAUCAUGUAAACCCAGUGACCACAAGUUGCCCAGAGGGAGUUUGCAAGAAAAAUAGCCACAUUUUAACAUGCUACACUUCAAAGGAGAAAGUAGUGUUUGCACAGCUGGAAUUCGUCACUCUUACAAUGCAGCCUAUGGAAAACCUUAGCGCUAACUGUUCUUCCUGAAUGUAUGGGUAGAUGGUCAGCUCCUCUAAACACAUUACCUCCUUGUAACUCUACAGUUAAAUCCUAGAAGUGCAGCGUUUCUGUGUUAACACUGUAUGUUUGUGUGUUGAAUGUUUUAAUGAAUCUUAACUUUUUGUAUAAAGCUGAAAGGCAGAAAACAUUCAGGGAAUUUCCAUUUAUGAAACCGUUGUAUUGCACAAUAGUCAAAGCAGUCGAAGUACGUUUGUAGAAAUUCCUCUCCCCUCCCGUUUAGUCAUCAGAACAUGUUCUAUAAAAUACAAAUGACUAUAUUUAAAUACAACAAGGAGGUGGUAAAUAUUUUUUUUUUUAUAUUUUUAACAUUUUUCUAAAGCAUACUUUGACUUUUUUUUUUUUUUUCAUGUGUAAAUAGUUCAAUACUUUAUAUAAUUUUUUAUUUAUUUUUUUUUCCAGACCCUUGGCUUUGGGAUGAAAAUCAAGUUUGCCAGUGGCUUAUAUGGGCAGUUACGGAGUUCUCUCUGGAGAAUGUGAAUUUUCAGAAGAUUAUGAUGCCUGGACAUGACUUGUGCAACCUUGGAAAAGAACACUUUCUAGAACUGGCUCCAGACUUUGUGGGUGACAUAUUAUGGGAGCAUCUGGAACAAAUGAUUAAAGGUAUAUUUCGGAAGGCGCUGUUUAGUUUUGCCUUAUAGACGGUUUUCCUGAGUUGAGCUCUUGCCUAACGAAUGGUCAACCCAUUUUGGGAAAUCUACUUAAAACUUGUAGUAAUUGAAUUUUUGUUCUUUCAGAACAUCAAGAGAAAACUGAAGACCAAUAUAUGGAGCACUCACGAAAUGUAUCAGUUCCUCAGUGGAUGACCACAGACUCAUUAAGUAAGUAGCUUUGUUUUGUCUAACUGGAUCUGCUAGCUUUGUGUAUUCUAAUAAGGCUGCUUUAUUAUACACUUUUUUUUUUUUUUAAUUUUUUUUUUUUAUUAAACACUAACUUGUUUUUAAACUGUUCAGUUAUUGAGUGGAAUAUUCUAAUGUGGUGGGGCUUUUUUUUUUUAUUUUAUUUUUUAAUUUUAAAUUUUAUUUUUUUUUUUCUCCUUAUAGACUUCAGUAUGAAUACUCUACAAUAUGCAUCACGGUGCAGAGCUACCACAAAUCUGGAAUGUAUAAAUGACAUGUGCCAGGUAUCUGCUGGACAAAAUCUACAUAGCAUCAAACAAGAGUUCCAGCCUUAUCCUUGUCUAAAAUCCAUGGAACCAAAUUAUACUAGUCUUAAUCGUAGCUAUGCAAGCAACGGCCUAAAUGCAAUACUAAAUUCUGGUAAGAAAAUGGAAACUUCACUUGUCUGUAUUUAAAGUCCAUCACUAAUCUGCACAGUCCUCUAAAUAUGCUCUCUUCCUCUUCUACAGGAAAAUCCAGAGAGCGUGACUCUGGAGAGAACUGCACGGACAGUUUUGAAAGCUCAGAUUCCUUGAUGCAGUCUUGGACCAGUCAGUCCUCCUUGGUGGACAUGCAACGAGUUCCUUCCUACGACAGUUUUGAAGAAGAUGGCAGUUCAUCAUUGUGUGUCAACAAGCCAACCAUGUCGUUCAAAGAUUAUAUUCAGGACCGAAACGAGCCAAUGGAACAAGGGAAACCAGUAAUACCUGCAGCUACUCUUGCAGGCUUUACAGGUAAGCUAAUUAGUCUGCUUUCUCAAGGUUCUAGUUAUCUAAUUUACUUUCUGCCAUAGUGCACAAAUCCUAUUACGGCAUUUGUAAAAAAAUUUUUUGGCAACGUUGUCGUCAGAUCUCCUAUAAAGUCUUGGUCACUUGUAAAUAAAAUACUACAUAUUGAAAAAGUGAUAUUUAAUAAAACACUUAAUUGAGAGGGGAAUAAAAUAUUGUCUAUUUGACAAAAUGAGUGCAAAGAAACAAGUGUAAUGCACACCCUAAAAAAGGAAUACGUCCUGCAGGGUGCACCAGAAAGGGAAGGCCAAUCCCUGAAGACCUUAAAUUCGGGAGUAAUCAAAUCUUGAUAAAAGCUCAGAGGAGCUGAAACGUUGCCUCCACUUCCUUGUUUCAAAUAAAGACUGCCUUUUAGAAGAAACCUUAGGUGUGCCUGGAUAUUUUCCACUAUUGGACUAAAUGAGACUGCAGGACCAAAUUUUUUAUUUUAUUUCCCCACUUUAACAUUCUCUUGUUCAGCAUGAUUAAUGCUGUUGAAAUGAUCAGAUCCUUCAUGUAGUUUGUCUUCUAAAGUUGAGCAAAGCAAAACCAAAUGCCAAACUAGCUCUCUGCAAAUAGACAUCAAGCAGAAGUUACAUGAACAGAGAAGUAAGAGUCAAUAAAUGUAUACUGCACUUUCCAACCUUCACAAAGUUCAAUCUUUUCUAUGGUGUCUUUUUUUACAGGCAGUGGACCUAUUCAGCUGUGGCAGUUCUUACUGGAAUUAUUAACGGAUAAGUCCUGCCAGCCAUUUAUUAGCUGGACCGGUGACGGCUGGGAAUUUAAACUCACUGACCCCGAUGAGGUGUGUAUUACAAUUGCAUGCUUUAUAAAGAAAACUCAUCCUUGUGUAAAUUGCAGAUUAGUAGAAUAAUGGGAAGUAGGAGUCUCUGUAAAACAAGGCACAUUAAGGUUUUGGAAUAGGUUUCCUACAUAUGAAAGUGCUGCCUGCUUCCGCUGCCAAAAGCGGCUUUCUCUGUACUAGAAGUAUCUUAUUAGCUUGGUGAAGGCUGCCAAUCUGGGUGGGAUGGUGGCAACUAACCUUAUCAGCUACUACAGUUUUCAUUAAAGAAGUAAGAUGCCAAUGUGUCUUGCUUGUUAGUGUUACUUUUAUAGCAAAUGUGUAGGCGGCGUGUACGGGAUUGGGACAUCUUUCAGUUGAUGGCUUUCAUCCCAUAUUUCUUUCUUUUCCCCCCCCCCACCCCUCCCCCUCUCUCCUUUCCUGUUGGACUUGGUUGGGUUUUUUAUUUUUUAGUUUUUUUUAGUUCAUGCUAUUCAAAUAUUUACAUGUUACCCAUUUUAUUUUAAUCACUCAGGUUGCACGUCGUUGGGGUAAGAGGAAAAACAAGCCUAAAAUGAAUUAUGAGAAGCUAAGCAGAGGACUAAGAUACUACUACGAUAAAAACAUCAUCCACAAGACUUCAGGAAAAAGAUACGUGUACCGGUUUGUGUGUGACCUUCACAACCUUUUGGGAUACACAGCAGAAGAACUUCACGCCAUGUUGGGCGUUCAACCAGACAAUGAUGAAUGAUGGUCUGAGUGGAGCACCUGGGACAUGAGCACGACAAUUGUACUGUGAAACUGACCACUUGUGGUUGGUAUUGCUGCACUGUUCAGGGUCUAUGGACUCUUGAGACCAAAAGGACAUGAAAGAAAUUUCAUAUUUUAAUGGCAUUUUUUUGAGACCUUGCAAGGAGUGCCGUAUGGUCUCUCCUCUGCUGUCCUGAAGAAUUUUGCACGUAAUCUCAAGGAUUGCUUAUGACUUUAACAUUCACUGCAUGGUGAUUAAGAGUUGUUGACUUGUGGCGUUAACCAAACUGGAAGAGACUUUUAAGGCAUGUGAGAUAUGCAGUUUGUAGUCUGUGUUUUAAUAGAAUUAUGCUGUUUUGAGGAGGGGGGAGGGUUGUUUUUUGUGGAUCAUGGAUGGUCCAGCAGUGGCUCAUAAGACUUCCUGAUGUCCUCGUACUCAAACAGCAUGGUGCUGCCUGACUCACAGGUUAUGUACAUAUUUGGACUGCACUUCUUGUAUAGGAAUUUUUUUUUUUUUUCUCACCAUUUCAACUCCUUUGUAAAUGUUAGAUUUCAUAUUUUAUUUACAAAAUGGAUGUGUAUAUUUGAUCUCUAAAUAUGUAAAUUAAGGGUUUUUGUUUUUAAGCUUUGUUUAAAACAAGCAUGCAGUGCUUGCCAGAGUAAGCAAAUCGGCCUAUGGAUGGAAUGGAACAAUAAUCUCCCCAUCUUGAAAAGGUUAAUUUGUCUUACAAAUAUUGCACAUCUGAAAGGUUUUGCUUUCCAGUGUUUUGUAUAUAGUAUUUUUGUUUAAAUAUUUUAUUCUUAUUGCAGUUUUGUUUUAUAAUAUGGACUUUAUAUUAAAUAUCAAAAUCCUUUGCCAAACAAAAGGGGUAUGUGUAGCAGCUAUUUUAACUGCAAAUGGUUUAUUUGGAUUAAUUUUUUUUAAAACUUGUAUUUUAUAUCUAAAGUGCCUUGUAAAGUAAAGAAUCUAUUUCUGCAUAAAGUAAUUGGGUUCAUAGAACACAUGGAUCAAAUUAUGAUUAAAAUCUUUUCAAGGAGCAAAAACAA